AUUCUGGAACGAGAAUCAGCAACAGCGGAAAAAUCCUACGUUUACCAAGCUAUCAACGCUCCCACGUUUCACCACCCAAGUGAUUUGACAAGAUACUCUGUACAUAGAAUGGCAAAUCAAGUUACCCUUCUUGCCUAUCUGCAACACGGCCCACCGACGUUACCAGUCAUCGACAAUGGAUCCUCGCAUGACAAUACAACAAGCAAAAGCUAUUCUGCGGAGGAUAUUUCUCAGGUCGGAGUCUGGUCAUCUUUCAACUUGAACACCAUCAUGCAGCAGUUCCAGCCUCUACUGGCCAAUGCACGGAUCGAAGAUGAGGCAAUGCCCACUUCUCCUCCGCAAGCAAUCAAUUCAGAGACAGGUCUCCAGCAACGCUUCUCAUUUUAUUUAAAUGCAAGAGUUAGACGAUCACUUCGCGUUGGCUUUCACUACCUGGCUACGAAUAACCAGCUCCUGAAUCAUACGGUCGUAAGUUUCGCAGAAGGGAGCUUGGCUCAAAUGGUCAAUACAUACAGACCGGACACUGCGUACUUUGACUCAAAUCUCCCCACGUUAACCAGGCCGAAUCGAGCGCCUGGUGAGUUGAAGCCGUCUUACAAGUGGUCACUCUCUCUCAGAGACAGUCCGGCUUCUAAGCAGACAAGAGAAUUCAAGCAGGCUUUGUCGCAAGUCAAUUACUACAUGAAUCAACACAAAGCUCGUUUUGGGUUUAUACUUACCGACCGUGAACUUGUCGCAAUUCGGCGACUAGAUAACGCCGGCAGCAUGGAGCUGUCAGAAUCAAUCCCCUGGAGUGCUCAAGGGACGCAACAUCAGCCACGACUUACCGUGUUGCUUGCGCUAUGGUACCUAGGCAUGUUGGCGUCAGAUGAUCAACAAUGGUCCUUACCAUAGAGUUUGAUCAAUAGAGAGUAGCUGAAAAUAUCAACGGACAUCAAGAAAAAUUUGCAUCUACAUGAAUAUUUGCAGUACAGAUAGUCAAUGGAACAUUCCGUUUUCGACAGCAAAUAUGGCACUACUGCGCACUGUUUCCAUCAAAGAUUAUGCAAUAGGAUAGUAUGGACAAGGAGACUCUGGAACUGUAAUUUCCGAGGCGUAUGUGCUCAAGUAUCAAAGUAUUCAAUACCAAUGGCAUAGAGAUAUUACCUGACAUCUAUGGCUCCGAACUAAUGAGCCUUUAAAGGAAUAAUUAAUUAGAUUAAAACAUCUAGAGAAAACUAAACAAAAGUCUCAUGGCG